GAGGCAUAACAAACACUACACCGACUACUGCACAGCCUUUUACCGCGCCACCCCUUCUAAAGCUUUAUAAUCCACGGCCUGUGGAGUCUGGCGCACAGGGGCCGCAUAGACACAGGACACAUCACAUGCUUGAUUGGUUAUACGUCGUUGCUUUGUGUUUUUAAAUUUUGAUACGUGAACGAAGAGGACAUUGUCAUAAUGGCACCAAAUGACACGAUGGACGCUGAGUCUCUGCAGAAAGAAGGCCCUCGCCGCGGCCGGUGUCUGGACUGCUGCCUGGUUAUCUCGGUCAUAGUUUUGUUCACUGGAAUGGCGACUCUUGCAGUCCUAGGGGUCCUAGUGGUUCAAGAUCUGGAACAUAAGCUCAUGCCAUCCUCACUCCCGGAGUUCAUGAUGGAAAAGGUCACAGGAGACGCCCCUGACAAUAUCAUUAAGAUGAAGAAUUUUGCUUAUCUGGAAGCAACGUUAAGUGAGCUGAAAAAUCAUACUAUGCCUUUGGAGUAUGUCUCAUUUCUGUCUAGGACAUCUGUGGGAAGUAACUUUGAGUUCCACCCUGUACACCACUCCCUGACAGUCAAGCAGGACGGUAUCUACUUCAUGUACGUGGAGCUGAAUGUCACAUGUCUUUAUCGCUGCCGACCGGGUCUCUUCACGGUCCAGGUGUCCGACAAACUGAGCUGCGAAGUGAAGCUCCCAAACUCCUCGGACUCCCACAAUGUACAGAAGAAAUGCUGGACGGUGAAGCCUGUGAGCAAGGACACGCACCUGCUAACCGACAUGUUCCUCCCCCAUGGGCCACUCCACCACUGGAAACUGGAGCUCAGAGGCUCCGGCGUUGGUUUGUUUCUGGUGGAGAAAACACGACCAACCCAGACUGUGUAAUGACUGUGUAACUGGUGAAAGACAGUAUAGGGGCUACAGAAGCUCAUCUAAGUGUCUAAGUGGGUCAGAACUAUGUAAUUAUUAUGGGCUAUAUUUAUUGAGACUUAUGAUUGUAUUUAUUUAUUUAUUGUAUUUUAAGAUGUUAAAAAUAAUUACACUACAUUAGUGUUGUAACUUGUAUUAAGUGUUAAACACUGCAGUCUCCGCUUCCUCAAAAAAUAUUUUGUAAGACCUUAUGGGUCUAUUUAUUUUAUAUUUUAUAAAGGGUGUCUUGAUGACUAUUCUGCUGCUGUUUCUUGAAUAGUUUUUAAAUCAGUGGUGUCAGAAUGCGUCCUUGCCUUAUGUCAUGAAUUAUCAAUGGGAGUAUUAAAACAUUCACAUUAUACAAUUAAAGAAAGCUACAUGAAUAUCACUGCAAUUCUGUACAAUUUGUGAACAAUAUGAGAAAGUGACCAUGGCAAACCCUUGAAUGGAAAAGAAUAGUUGUCUGUAGUGGGAAAGUUCCCUGUCGAAGUAGCUCAUGCCGGGAACUAGAUCAGCAUAACUUCCUGUUUAUUUACUUUGUGGGUACACAAUAAAGAGCUGAUUUUUCAGUUAUCUAGAAAUAAACAAAACAUAUUGUUUUAGUGUAGAUUUGAUAUUUAAUGUAUGUAACAAAUGAUUUGACACUUAUAAGGAUCUUUAUUGCUCUUGAAAAUUUUGUGUUUUUUGACAUAUUGAAUAAAUGCUAAAAUACCUGA